UUAAUCGCGUCAUCCAUCCUCUAUUUUUUAUGCCAGACAGUUUACCCACUCUAUACCUUUGCGAGCGACCAGUAGAUCGCAAUCGACGUAUUGGUCACCCCUGCACUACAUACUUAACAUUUGUAACGGUUGGUAACAGAAAAUUACGACGUGGGACAAGGAAACACGGAUGUUUAAAAAAUGUUUAAAGAGUUACGAAUGUCUGAAAUUCCAGCGGACCAAUAGGAUGUGCUAUUAACUGGCUUUGUACGUGCUAUAAAGUACUGGAAGAGAUCAGAAGGACAUUCUAACACAGACAGGCUAGGAGUCUCUGUUUAACACAAUGGCAUUUAGGACUUGUAUGCUUUUUGUGAUGGUUCUAAGUCUACUGGAAAGAGAGUCACAUGCACAAUUGAGUGUGUGUGGCCAAGCUCCUCUUAACACCAGGAUAGUGGGGGGUCAGGAUGCACCCCCGGGCAGUUGGCCCUGGCAGGUCAGUCUGCACCUGAAUGGUCAACACGUCUGCGGAGGAUCCCUCAUUAACAACAAGUGGGUGCUCACUGCUGCCCACUGCUUCUCCAGCACAAAUACAGCCGGCUGGAGUGUUUAUUUGGGGCUUCAGCAGCUAUAUGGUACAAACCCAAAUCAACAAAUCAGAACCCUCAGCAGCAUCGUUCCUCAUCCACUAUACAACAAUUUUCCAAAUGACAAUGACCUCACUCUGCUGGAGCUCAGCGCCACUGUGAAUUUUACCGACUACAUUCAGCCCAUUUGCCUGGCAGCCAGCAACAGCACCUUCUACAAUGGCACUGCGACCUGGGUCACUGGCUGGGGAAAUGUUAACUGGAAUGUGGCCCUUCCCUCACCUGGCACCCUACAGGAAGUACAGGUACCAAUAGUUGGAAACAAUAAGUGUAAUUGCCUGUAUGGACAGGGCACCAUCACAGGCAACAUGAUCUGUGCUGGUCUGCUAGCAGGAGGAAAGGACUCGUGUCAGGGAGACUCCGGAGGUCCAAUGGUGGUCAAACAGGGGUCUGUUUGGGUCCAGGCUGGGAUUGUGAGUUUUGGCUAUGAAUGCGCCCAGCCCAACUACCCUGGAGUCUACACUAGGGUGUCUCGUUAUCAGGCCUGGAUCGAUUCCAUCAUCGCCACCAACCAACCGGGAUUUGUGACAUUUACAUCCAGUGGGACAAACAGUGACAGCAGCACCUCCUGCAGUUCGUCACCAUCCAUUACAAUAGCCCCAAGCACUCCCACCACCUCAACCACCACUGCCAAGCCGGAUGUAUGUGGUCUCGCCCCACUGAACAAUGGCGGCAGCAGCGGGUCGGUAGCAACAGGGGCGUGGCCCUGGCAGGUCAGCCUGCAGAUGAAUGGGGCCCAAGUCUGUGGGGGCACUCUCAUCGCACGGACAUACGUCAUCAGUGCAGCCCAGUGCUUCAACAGUUCACAACUCAAUAGCAGCCAGUGGACAGUGGUUCUGGGUACAAAUGCAUCAUUAGGGGUGUCCAACAUCACCCUUAGCAACCUGCCGGGUAACAACAUUGCUGUGCUCCGCCUGGCUACAAGUGUAACCCUGACCAACUACAUCCAGCCCCUGUGCCUGGGCUUGGGCAGCGUUGUCUUCCCCAGUGGGUCACAGUGUUGGGUGACAGGAUGGAGAAGCAUCCGAGGUGGAGUCCCAAAUAUUCAGCAGCAGAAUACAACUGUGGCAAAUUGUGGGAGCAGCGCAUCUUCCUCAGACAUCUGUAUUACAGCUGUGACGUUGCAGCAGGGUGAUGCAGGUGACCCAUUACUCUGUAAACAGGGGAGCACCUGGUUCCAGGCCGCAGUGAUAACGACCAACACCUCCGGCAGCACCAAAGCCGCCUCUCAGACAAUUACCUUAUCUAAGGUGUCUCAGUUCGCCACUUUCCUUCAGAAUACUGUUAGCAAUCUCCCUACCACCUCUGCUGCAGCAAUUCACAUCAACACCAUCAUUCCUUUCCUGCUGCUUCUCCUCUCUCUCCUCACCCCACUCUAAUCCAUCACCGUUCUGUCCAACUGAAACGAAUGUCAGUUAGUAGGCUUAAGGAGUUUCGCGCCAGAUUAGUUAUUGGUGAUUGUGGCUGAUUUGGAUCUCACAACAAGUGGCAUGCAGUAUAUACAUUUUGGCUGAAUAUGAGAAAAUACUAAAUUACUUGAAAACAGACAGUUCAACUUACCUCACUAACCACUUAAAAUAUUUGCAUGUCCAUCCAACCAUCAGGCCAUCCAUCUUUCCAGUCGUCACACUUAUCCUGAGCGAGGUCACAAUGAAAAGGUGUUUCAAUAAAGUCAAAUAUUCCCUGAAUGUAUCAUAGUGUAUUUUGAAAUGAAGGAAUGAAUCCGGAUCUGGAUUUUGUACAGAGAAUUUAAGGGAUCUUUUGUUUAUUUGUUUAUCAUCAUACUUUCAUAUAAUGCAAAUGAUCCCCAGAUUUGUAGAAGAAAAAUAUGACACCUUAUAUAUUUUUAUAUAUAGUUGUACUAUUUCCAGAACAUUUGCAGUUCAUUUUGAGAAAAUAGAUUAAAAAAAAUGUCCUUUUCAUUGGCUAUGAAUCAUUGUAUUACAGAGCUUACAGAAACCCUUUGUAUGCCUGCUGACUUCUGUGAAAAUGUUGCAAAUUUGUUCAUUUCAUGGUGAAAGCCCAUUGACCAGCAGUUUUUAACCGAUCUGCUACUAUCUUCCACACAGAUAUUUUCUUCUCAUUAAGUGUCGUGAUUUUUUUUUUUUACUCAUUCUGUUCUGUUCCCUCCAUUUUGCUAUUAUUUGCAAUUGUGGUUCUUGGUUCCCAAAGGUAUGCUAAAGGCAUACAGAUUUUUUUGGUGUUUUAUAUUAUUGCAAAGGUGUUACAAAUUACAAACCGCCCAAUGAAACUGCUUGUCAGUGAACCUUUUAACUCUUUUAUAGCUGUAAUUUGGGUUUCAGUUUUUUGCUACUUGAAAUGUUUUACAUAAAACUGCUGUUGGACUUUAAUGUGAUGUGUAUUUUUUUGUGAAUGGAUGAGUAAUAACAAAGUUUUGCAGUGUCUUACUGAAUUAAGCAAGCAUCUCAAGACAUUCUGUGAGCACUAUAUCAUUGUGAGAAGUGUCAUUUUAUAUGCAUAUGGUAGUAAAAAUAUAUUUUAAAAGAUAUGGGCUCAUGAUAUUUAAUGGUGAUAAAAAAUAGUUGUAAGUAUAUAUUUUAAAAAAAUAAAUAUAUGUUAGUAUCAACAAA